UAGUCAUGCAGGAAUAACCUAUGAGAGUGGUCAGCAGGAUUUUCUGUUCAAACCGUGAAUCAUGGUAAUAUCUACUACCAAUGUAAACAUAUUGAAUAUCGUAUGCCUAUAUAUAUAAAGUCACAUUCUGUAAUUCCUGAAAGACUUUAGUGAAGUACAGAUAUGAACAAGAAUACCCUGGCAUCUCUAAGGACCCUUGGUCGGCCUCCACAAGGCGUUAAAAAUGUCAUGGAAGCAUUUCUUUUGCUUAUCUACCAACCGGAGGUUAUGAGGGACUGGGGGAAUUGCAUGCAGAAACUCAAAACCCCCGCGGAUGUUUUGAUUAAAGUGGAACAAUUUGAUCCCCAGAACUGUAUAGAAGCAACAGCUCAAAAAGCGGACGGUUUGAUCGCAGGGGAAACUGAGGAGUCCAUAGCAAAGAAGAGCUUCGAGGCUGCUAUAAUCUACAAAUGGACCAGGUCCAUGGUAGACAAAGUGAAGUCUGGUGAUGGACUCAAGGCCUAAAUCUGCUGGUCUGGCGUUUACACCUGGAAAUAGGAUGUGGUCAUGAUUGAAGUCUUCUGACCAGUUAAUAUUCAUCGACGUUAUUGUCAAAAUAUAUAACAUUUUGUUUUAUCUAAAUGUAUAUUUGAUCAUUAAUUCACUUUGAAUUGUUUAUUUAGAUUGUUACAUGGUUUAAUAUUUUAUUGAUUUUGAAAUAUUCGUCUUUGUUUAAUAAAUAUUUUUGUAUAUUA